CCAUCGUAUCAUCUCUCCAUCCGAUGGUGGGCUCCCGAUUACAGUUUAGUCGCUCGCGAGGAGGCAACGCAGAAAGACUUACUUUUUUGUUUUCGUGUGCCGGGUGCCGGGUAGCCGCAGCUUCAGCAGCAGCGCUAUCGAGUUGCGCAGGUGGUACGACGUCGAGUGGAGUGGAGCACAUACAUAUAGAUUGGCGCCAUAUUGUCUCCCCCCACCGGGGUACGAAGUAAAGAAGUAAGGUCAGAAUGCACGGAGCAGUAGAUACCGACAAGAACGCCGACUCAGCGUCCCUGCGCGAGAAGGUGCAGCUGCGAAAGGGCGAAAAAUGGCGGAUCCUCAAGAACAUCAUCACAGUGUCGUUUGCCUUUAUGGUGCAGUUUACAGCCUUCCAGGGCACCGCGAACCUGCAGUCAUCGAUCAACGCCCAGGAUAGCCUCGGUACGGUUUCGCUGGCCGUCAUCUAUGCCGCCCUCGUCAUCUCCUGCAUCUUCCUGCCGACGCUGGUGAUCCGCAAGCUGACGGUCAAGUGGACGCUGUGCUUCAGCAUGCUGUGCUACGCACCGUACAUUGCCUCCCAGUUCUACCCGCGCUUCUACACACUGAUACCGGCCGGUGUACUGCUCGGGCUGGGUGCUGCCCCGAUGUGGGCCAGCCAGGCCACCUACCUGACCCAGCUCGGCCAGGUGUACGCCAAGCUGACGGACCAGCCGGUCGAGGCGAUCAUUGUGCGCUUCUUUGGGUUCUUCUUUCUCGCCUGGCAGACGGCCGAACUUUGGGGCAACCUCAUCUCCAGCCUGGUGCUGUCGAGUGGAGCGCACGGUGCCGCACCGGCCAGCUUCGAGGACGGGCUCAACGGUACGAGCAGCCACUCGAGCCACGACGAUGCCCUGAGCUACUGUGGUGCCAACUUCUGCGUGGUCGGCACCUCGGACAACAGCAACCUGCAGCGGCCGCCCGAUUCGGAGAUCUACGAAAUAUCGGCCAUCUACCUGUCCUGCAUCGUCGGUGCCGUCAUCAUCAUAGCGAUCUUCCUGGAUCCACUCUCACGGUAUGGUGAGCGUCGGCGUGGUUCCAUUUCGGCAACCGAGAUCUCCGGUAUGCAGCUGCUGUCGGCCACGUUCAAGCAGCUGAAGAAGGUCAACCAGCAGCUGCUUAUCCUGAUCACGGUGUUCAUCGGCAUGGAGCAGGCGUUUAUUGGGGCCGACUUUACGCAGGCGUACGUUUCCUGCGCUCUCGGUAUCCACCAGAUCGGCUACGUGAUGAUCUGCUUUGGCGUCGUGAAUGCGAUCUGCUCGAUCAUCUUCGGCUCGGCGAUGAAGUACAUCGGGCGCGUCGUCAUCAUCAUCCUAGGGGCAAUCGUGCACGGUGGUUGCAUCAUCUAUCUGCUAUACUGGAGACCCCAUCCCGACCACCAGAUUGUUUUCUUCAUCCUGUCCGGUCUGUGGGGAAUCGGCGAUGCAGUCUGGCAGACGCAGAUCAACGGACUGUAUGGUGCGCUGUUCCGGCGCAACAAGGAAGCCGCCUUCUCCAACUACCGACUGUGGGAAUCGGUCGGCUUUGUCAUUGCCUACGCGUACUCGACCGCCCUGUGCGCCCGCAUGAAGUUGUAUCUGCUGUUCGGUGUGCUGGUGUGCGGUAUGAUCGGCUACACCAUCGUGGAAAUACACCAGUCAAAGAAGGAAAAGCGCAUGAAGAAGCUGGAAGAAAUUCCCAAGCAACAGCAAACCGAGGCGGACCGGAAGGCGAUCGAGGAGGACGACGAAAAGGAUGAGCUCGAAGAGGACAUCGUGGUAACGCAUCUGUAGUCAUGCGAGCAGAACCAAAGCUAGCAGAAGCAACAACAGCUGUUUUUUUUUUGUAAUUAUGGCGUAAGGCGAAGCUCGAAACAAACUAGCGCACCGAGGUGUCUAUCGGCCGGCGGAAAAUGUUUCGAAUCCGUCGCCAAUCAUCGUUGUCGUCUUAGUCGUCAUCGAAAGGUUACCGUUUGAGUUGAACAUGUGUAGAUUCUUAAAGAUGAAAACCAACUUAUGCAAACCGAAUAAACCACAACGGAAUCAAGCAAAGCUAGUUCCUAUAGUC